CAGCUACUUAGCUAGCUAAUUAGCUGGCCCGUUGUGCGUUGGACUUCAUUAUCCACAUAAUUCAUUGACAUUUACUGAUUUUAUUUAUCACAAACUAUAGCAUAAAUGUUAUAAAAAAGAUAAUAUUGUCAUUUCAAUGGCGUUUAAUGGCCACCAACGCGACGAUGAAACCACCGACGAAGACGAAACGCCCACGAAGCAUCCGCGCUCCGCCAAAGAGAUGCCCGGUUGUUUCAGGAGCGACCCCAACAAUGAGGCAGCAGCGGCCGCCGAACGAGCCACAUUCGACCGCCGAACUUCCAACUCAACGGCGAGGAUUCGGAGCGACUCGGUGAAGAAAACAAGGCCGCCAUUUCCCUGGUUUGGGAUGGACAUAGGAGGCACUCUGGUGAAGCUGGUGUACUUCGAGCCCAAAGACAUCACAGCCGAGGAGGAGCAGGAAGAGGUGGAGAACCUGAAGAGCAUCCGGCGCUACCUGACCUCUAACACCGCUUAUGGCAAAACAGGCAUCAGGGACGUGCACCUGGAGCUGCAGGACCUGACGCUGUGCGGCAGGACGGGCAACCUGCACUUCAUCCGCUUCCCAACGCAUGACCUUCCGGCCUUCCUGCAGAUGGGCCGCAACAAGCACUUCUCCAGCCUCCACACCACCCUCUGUGCCACUGGAGGGGGGGCGUACAAGUUUGAGUCUGAUUUCCGCACGAUGGCCGACCUGCAGCUUCACAAGCUCGACGAGUUGGACUGUUUGGUCCGAGGGGUGUUGUACAUCGACUCGGUGGUGUCCAGCGGCCCCUCGGAGUGCUACUACUUUGAAAACCCCACGGACCCAGACCGCUGCAUUCAGAGACCCUACACACUGGAGAACCCCUAUCCCCUGCUGCUGGUCAACAUAGGGUCCGGGGUCAGCAUCCUGGCCGUCUACUCUGAGAACAACUACAAACGAGUUACUGGGACCAGCCUCGGUGGUGGGACCUUCCUGGGCCUUUGCUGCCUGCUGACCGGCUGCUCUACUUUCGAGGAGGCCCUACAAAUGGCUUCAGAAGGGGAGAGCACCCGUGUGGAUAAGCUGGUUCGGGACAUCUACGGAGGAGACUACGAGAGGUUUGGACUGCCAGGCUGGGCUGUGGCCUCAAGUUUUGGCAACAUGAUGUCUAAAGAGAAGAGGGAGUCCGUGUCCAAAGAGGACCUGGCCAGAGCAACACUGGUCACCAUCACUAAUAACAUCGGCUCCAUCACUCGAAUGUGCGCUCUCAACGAGAACAUUGAGAGAGUGGUGUUUGUGGGCAACUUCCUGAGAGUGAACACCCUCUCUAUGAAGCUGCUGGCCUACGCUAUGGACUACUGGUCCAAAGGUCAACUCAAAGCCCUCUUCCUACGGCACGAGGGUUACUUCGGAGCAGUCGGAGCCCUCCUCGAGCUCCUACAUCCUUCUUAAUCCGUCCAACUUCACCCAAAGAAGCACUUGUCAAUCUGCUGCAAAGACCAUUCGCACUUUAGACCGCUCAGAGUCAUUUCCACGGUGGGAUAUUUUUUUUACGCCCCUGCCACCUCCCCAGUUACUGCGAAAUUUCGGUUUUGCGGCCACCAAAACUGUCACACACAACAUUUUUGAGGUCCUAAUUAUUACGCUCUCAAGAAAUCAAGUUGAUUUGUAAAAAAAUGGUGAAAGUGGCUUCUGAAUUUUUGACACACACCAGCUGUUGUGGUCAGUGGUUUAAAAACCGGUUUCCUGCUCGUACCAAAAGUCUUUAGGCAGAAGCCAUCAUCGUCGUCUGCAGGACUUAAAACGCUUCUCAAGGAAAUUCACCACGGUUGCCUGAAAUACUGAAGAUAUAUAAAAAGUACUUUGAACGUACCCGUCGUCAUAGUUUUGACUUGUAGACUGCACUUAGCCCUCAGUGGAUAUCAGGUCCUGGUCCAAAUAUUGGAAAGUGUUUUUUUUCUUUUUUUUAUAUGGUUUAUUUGACUUUACUUAGGUACCAGAUGGAUGGGAGUGUGUUUUUUAAAUCGAAUGAUACUGUUAACGGUUCAGUAUGUACCUCAGGUUUUGGGGUCAUGAUUCGGUACCAGUAGAAAAAGAAAGAAAGAUAAAUACCAUUGAUCUUCAUUUAGAUAAAUAUAAACCUCCUACGGUGACUCAUUGGAUGU